AUGAAAGCAACCAAGCUCUCACUUUUAACUACAACACUUUCCGCAAUCAAGUCUUUAAGCCACUCAGAUCUCGCCGCCGCCGCCCUUUUUAUGGACCCGCCACCACCACGGACCUCCGGCAAGCUCCGGCUGAUGUGUAGCUACGGCGGCCACAUCGUCCCCAUGCCCUUCAAGAAGUCUCUGUAUUACUCUGGCGGCGACACGCGUAUCAUCAGCGUUCCGACCUCCAGCACCGCCACAGUCUCCGCCUUUUUAGCCCACAUCGCCGCCACGUUACGUGUCAGUUACCCGUUCACUCUCAAGUACCAGCUGCCACUCCAUGACCUCGACUCGCUUAUCUCUCUUUCCACUGACGACGACCUUCAGAUUUUUCUGGAAGAGUUUCAACGACUUUCGGAUUUUCCUGAGCCCACACGCAUCAGAUUGUUUCUGUUUGGGUUGAAACAGUCCGAGUUGAAGACUACUCAGUGCGGGUUGACUCACCCUAAGACGGAGAGUUGGUUCGUGGACGCGUUGAAGGGUGCAAAGAUGAUGCAGAAGGGAGAGAUCGGGUUUGGAGGGGAAGGCCAAAUUCAAAGUGAAGGUAGUAAUGGUAAUGGCAGCAGUGGUGGGCUUUGUGGGCAAGAGUCUAUGGUGUUGGAAACAACAUCCUCUUAUGGUUCUACGUCGUCUUCAGUUUCUUUGUCCAAUUUGCCGCCCAUUAAGGCUUGUGGUGAUGAAAGUUUGACUUUUUUUCAAGACAAUCGGGCCAAAUUGCCCUCAGCUGAGUCUACUGCAAGUGAUAUAAAUAGCCCGGGAAGUGCUAUUUCUUACGCGCAGACUGGAACUUACCAAGACCACAUUGUUCCUAUUGCUUCUAUGGAGAAUAAGGGACAACAAAUGCAAUUUGUACAGAUGGGUAGUCAUUAUGUAUCUCAGAAUCCUACCGCAGUAGUGCCGGUUGCUUACUAUCCUGUGCAUAACACGCGUCGUCGCAUCAGCAGCAGCGCUACAGUAUCUGCUCAAUCAAUCGUACCCAGUAUAUGUUGCUGGGGGUGA